AUGUGGUCCGUGCCGCCGGACGAGCCGCCGUGCCGGAUGCACCCGAGUGCCCCGCAGAGCGCUGGCGACGGGUGCGAGUCGAAGCGGCGGUUGGCGGCGGUCUUGGGCGUGCUCAUGGCGACUAUCGUGGUGGUGUCGCUCCUCGCCAUUCCGAAUAUGAAGGGGGCUGGGUCAAGGGGCGGCUCCACAGUUCCGGCCAGAGCGCUGCAGAACCCGGACGGCUCGGACUGGACUGUUUGCAGGCAGAGCCCAGAGAGGCUCCAGUGCCCCGCCCUGGAUAUGUUCGACGACCCCGCUGUCCACCAGAAGGUGAUAGAUGAUUUGAUCUGGUCCAGCCAUGAGUUCCUCGGGAUCGAGGCGCGAGGGGACAUCAGCAAGGUCGUCGGGGAGACCUUCAGCGGAAUCCGUGCGAAACUCCUGACGAGGGCUCCAGACGUGGCACAACACGUCAAGAAUCUGCAGCUCACCUCCUCCGAAAGCAGCGCGGCUGUGAGCGCCAUGCAGCUGAUUGUUGACGAGAGGGUUCAGUCGAUCGGCCGUGAGGUCGCAGUUGCUAUGCUUAGCAGUCUUCCGAAAGAGGAUUACGAGAGUGACGGGGGAAGCCUCACUAUUCAGCAGCGGGAUGCGGUGUUGGCUGGUCUGGACGAGAGGUUGCGGCCAAGACUUGAUGAUAUCAGGAAGAUUGUUGAUGCGACGGUGUCCCCGCCGUUGCGCAUGCUCUGGGGAGAAGGAAGACAGGACUUACUUCCAAGCCUUGCGCUGAGCUCGUGGGAAAUGGCAUUGGAGCCCUCUGUUGUGUCGACGCUCCGAGCAUCCAGUGACAAGAUGAUGAUGGUCCGCAGGCUCCAGGGGAACUCCACGUUGUCCGCACCACCCAGGAACUUGCUCACUGAGAUGACGGACACAGGAAGGCAAGAUACCAUCCUCGGCGCGACUUUGAUGUUGGGACGGACGCUCUUGAACGCAAUGCAGAUGUACAUGCGGCUAACAUCCAACAGCAUGGCUCCUCUGAGCGACACCUAUGACGUCACCGACGAAAUGCCAAGCGUCAGAUGUAAGGUGGAUGGUAGAGCUCACCAACAUACACCUGAUGUGGAGCCCCAUCAAAUUGCGCUUUGCUCAUUUAAGUUUGGUAUCCUGGGGGCUGAUGCUCUAAGAGCUACUUUCAUGGCAGAUCAAAUGACCUCGUGA